AUGAAUUCCAUUCAUAUCCUCCUCUCUCUGUUGCUUGUUCACAUAACAACAGCCCGAUCCGGGCACGGCUUUGGCGACUCCCAUGGCCAUUCACUCAACAAGCGUAGUCCACUUGCGCCGAGUGGCGAUGAUAUCUGCUACACCUACAUCAUUCAGGAGCACGAUACCUGCCCAAAUCUUGCUAAGCGCUACCAGAUUACUACCAGCAAGAUCGAGACUUGGAAUCUCGGAUCCUGGGACUGGCAGGGUUGUGCCAGAUUAAAGCAAGGCGAUUUUGUCUGUCUCAGCUCCGGUGCCCUUCCUAUGCCAGUUGCUCUCCCACAUGCUGUCUGCGGUCCCCAGGUUCCUGGGACACAACGCCCUGCCAAAUAUAGUGAUCUCGCCUCUCUAAAUCCGUGCCCUUCAAACCAAUGCUGUGCUAAGUCGGGCCAAUGUGGUACUAGCUCGGCAUUUUGUGAUGCAGGCGCCAGUUGUAUCUUUAACUGUCGACCGAAGAGUACACAAAACAAAGCCACAACAAAAAGUACUAGUUCAAAGACGACUACCUCAAAGAUGAGCACUUUGAAACCGACUAAUUCAAAGAAGGCUGCUUCAAAGACUACUUCAAAGACUACUUCAAAGACUACUUCCAAAACGACUACUACUUCAAAACCUACAGCGAAAGCAAACAUGGUAACCUUGACUAGCAUAAAAUUAGUCCCACCUCCAAGCAAAACCACGACCAGCAUCGCUCUGACUCAAACUUGGCAAAUGUCAGUCUAUGCAAAGGAUAAGUGUGAAGGUGAUUACUUCACUGUUCAGGGACAUGAAGACCAAUAUGCUGGCCACUGCAUUGUUCUCGCGGAUGAUACCAACACCAAAAUCUCGGAUAGUACUACAUCCUGUCGAUGGUGGUCGGAUGGUGGUCUCAACUGGGGCACCUGUGCCUCCAGUAAACUCACGAAACCCAAGUCAUGGUUUAUCAAAAGCGGCAAGUGUGCCAUGUUUUCGGGAAAGAAAUGCGAUAACGAUGAUUGGUUAGGAGAGACCUAUGCGUCUUUCAAGGGCUGUCAGUCUGAUAAAACAGGAUUUAUGUCUCCUCAGAAAGGCAAGACCUGGGGUUCAUUGCAGUGUUAUGAUAUCAAGUCGUGA